AUCUGAAUCGCCUCGAUGCCGUCUUCUUGGAUGCCGAGUACCGACAAACUACCUACCUCCCUCCACCAGCUUUAUAUAGGCACCGUGGAAACGGCAGAGAACAGAGCAAUGGCGGAAAGAAGGUGGGAGGAAUUGAACUUUGAUUGCUUGGUUUCCAUAUUCUCAAAAUUAGGGUUAGAAGAUCUCACUACCGGAGUUCCCUUGGUCUGCAAAUCCUGGCAUGUCGCCUCCUUAGAUCCCCAAUGCUGGAAAACCCUCGACUUCCAUGAUCUCGAUUUCACCUCCAACAGCAAAUGCAUAGCCAGAUUCAAGCAAGAAUACGGAAUCCCCAAUUUCUCGUUCGCCUCUUUCAUGAAGCUCUCCAUUUCAAGGAGCCAUGGAUCCGCCGUCAAGCUCUCGAUUCCUUCCACGAUCAGCUCUCCUCUGCACCAGGAUCUGAUUUUAGCUUCAAUUGAGUGCCCUAGGUUAAAGGAAUUGGCUCUGCCAACUCUGCUGCGCCAAGAUGAUAGACAGAUCCCUGGAUUGAUGGCGAGAUGGAAGGAUCUGGAGAUUCUGGAGAUGAAAUGGAAGCCUCUUUAUUUCCUGGAAUUGGUUGAAGAGAUCAGGGCGAACUGCCCUAAAUUCACGGGGUUUCAUCUCUGCGGCUAUUUUGAUGGGAAGGAUGCGAAAGCCAUUGUUGAGUGCUUGCCGAAGCUGAGGAGUUUGAAUAUGAGUGGUUCCUUUGUGAAAAGAGAUGAUUUGGUGAUGAUAUUGGAGGGAUGCAGGGAGUUACAGGACGUUGAUGUUUCGAGAUGCAGGGGAUUUGAUGCGGAAGAUGAAAUCUUGAAGAAAGCUUCAUCUGGAAUCAAGAAAUUUGUGUGCGAGGGUUCCAAGGUGCAGGAAAAUUAUGUUACUUCUUAUUGUAAUUAUGCUAAUUUGUUUUCUGCUUUCAUUUUUGGAGAUUACUAGUUAUGUAAAAUCAAAUUAUGGUGAUUUUUCCUCCUCCUCUGCCUCCAACCUCGGGUCCUCCUCUCAAAAAAAUAUUACCUCAGG